UCAAUAUCGAGGUCAUCAGCUGUCCUGUCUGACAGGACACUCGCGCUAGUCCCUCAGAAACACCGGCCACACACACCGAGUUGUGUGUCCAUGGCUCGAUCCAUCUUCGUGUACUUUUAAAAUAUCACCAUGGAUUCCUAUCCCAACCCCUGCCCGGAGUACUCGACCCAAGGGGCCACAGGACAGCUGUUCAGUGCGCUCGUGACCACACUAGUCGGCUCCUACUGUGCUCUCGGGGGCUCCCAGUACUACCCGGAGGACCGGGGUUACAUAUUUGACAGCGCUAGUGGACCCUUCGAAUACGAUUUCGUAGUAGUAGGUGCAGGAUCCGCUGGAUCUGUAAUUGCCAACCGCCUAACAGAGAUUCCGGACUGGAGAGUGCUGCUGCUGGAAGCCGGUUCCGAUCCGAUAGGUACCUCGGACAUCCCAGGAGCGGCCUUUCUCAUCCAGAAAGGAGAGCACGACUGGGGAUACAUCACGGAAAAAGAUCCUGAAAUUUGCGGGGGAUUUACCAACGGCACUUGUUACUGGCCGAGGGGGAAAGGAAUAGGAGGGUCUACGUUGAUUAACUUCAUGCUGUAUGUCAGAGGGAAUAAAAAAGACUACGAACACUGGAAGGCUCUAGGAAAUACUGGAUGGGGAUAUGAAGAUGUCCUUCCGUACUUCAAGAAAUCACAAGAUAUGAGAAUGCCUCACUUGAAGAAUAGCAAAUACCAUGGGAAAGGAGGUUAUUUGAGUUUGGAAGACUUCCACGAUCAUUAUUUUGACGGUUUAUCAGAUUCUAUAGUGAAGGCAGGUGCAGAACUGGGGUUUGGACCCUCUGAAGAUGCCAAUGGCGAUGUCCAAUCCGGCUUUAACAACAUUCCUGGAACUUUAAACCAAGGAGCGAGAAUGAAUAUAGCUAGAGCUUUCCUGACUCCCAUUAAAGACAGGGAAAACUUGCAUGUCGUCAAGAAAGCCCAUGUUACCAAGAUUUUAAUUGAUGACGAUAAGAGAGCGUACGGUAUACAGUUUGUGAAAAAUGGAAAGAAAUACGAAAUUCCUGUUAAAAAAGAAAUAAUUCUCUCGGCAGGUACUCUGAAUUCACCACAAAUUCUGAUGUUAUCUGGAAUAGGUCCUAAGAGUCAUUUGGAAGAACUAGGCAUAAAGCUCGUUCAGGACUUGCAAGUAGGUAAAAACUUGCAAGAUCAUUUUAUUUUCCUCGGAAAUUCUUUCGCGACAAAGCCACUGCACCCCGAAGCAAAAGAACCUCUACUGGUAUUCGACGACUUGUACGAGUACUUGACAAGAAGGACUGGACAGUUUUCCAAGGUGAGAUUAGCAAACGUGGUAGCUUUCAUCAGUACAAAUGAUAAAAACUACGCUGAAGACUAUCCCGACAUAGAAUACCAUCACAUUUACUUCCCAGCAAACGAUACAAUAACUUUGAAACACGUGCUGAUAAUGUUCAACAUGGACUGUGAGCUCGGAGAAGAGCUUUUGAGACUCAACACGGAGAAAGAUUUGAUGAUCCAAUUCCCCUUGCUUUUGAGGCCCAAGAGUCGUGGUCAUCUUCUGCUGAAGAGUACGAAUCCAUUCGACAGUCCUAGACUAUUUCCGGGAUACCUGAAGCAUAAAGAGGACGUGAAAACUGUUCUGGGUGCCGUACGCUUCACUCAGAGAUUCAUCAAGACCUCGGCGAUGGAACCUCACAAACCGGAGAUGCUGCGGGUACAGUAUCGAGCCUGCUCACAGUUCCCCUACGAUUCUGACGAGUACUGGGAGUGUGCCAUGAGACAGGUCGGUACCACGUGCUACCACGUGACCGGAACGUGCAAGAUGGGACCUGCGGAGGACCAGGGAGCUGUCGUCGACCCGAGUCUCAGAGUGCGAGGGGUCCGAGGGCUGCGGGUGGCCGACGCUUCCAUCAUGCCUAACGUGGUUAGUGGCAACACCAACGCCGCUACCAUCAUGAUAGGGGAGAAAGCUGCUGAUCUUAUAAAAGAGAGUCAUUUGGGACCAUCGGGGCAUACGGAACUCUGAGAAAGAGAGUGGCUUAUAAAACACACCUUACUCAUAAAUAUAUUCGUAGCAAUACAUAAUUUAUAUUAACUAGUUCGUAGAUGACUAAUAGCUAAUGGAUAAAUUGUAUAAACGUAAUUGUCCAUAGCUAUACAAAGUAGAACUUCUUAAAUCCAGCGAGUGCGUUUGUGAGGGGUUACGAGUUACAUAAUAGAUAAACAGUCACAACGUUAUUAUGGUACUUAUUCGGACUACGUGAUAAUAUUAUGUUUGAAAAUGUAUAGAGGUAAUACAUAGAAGUUUACACAUUAGUCUGUUGUUUGUUUGUUAUAAAUUAAGUAACAAUUGUAAAAUACAACAUUUAAAAUUAA